GCAAAAGCUCUGCUCCUUCUUGGAGAGCAGCGAGCACAGCUCCAGCUGUGCCCAGCUCCCAGAUGUGCCCGUGGGUCUGAGCGUGGGCCUCCCGCCUGCAGACUCGUCCCACAGCCAGACUCGUCCCACCAGAACAACCAGUUUCACUUUCAGGAAUAGGAAGUUCUCUGGGAAGUGCCGGCGAGCGCCCAGACACGCGCCAGGGACGCGGGACGGCGGCAUGAGCUGCCUGGCCAGCAGCAUGAGCCCGGGAUCACCCCUUCCAAUGGCCUUGGGAAGCACAGUGGCAUAGACCAUCGUGUCCACCGCAUCCUCCAGGGAUGGAGCAGUUUGUCCGGAAGCGUUUGACCUUCCUGACAUCCUUCUGGAACAAGCUCCGUCCCCGCUCCGUGUCGGAGAACUGCUCGCUGGGGUAUCUUGGUUCCGAUUCCGUUUCACUGCACUCGGAGGCGAACUCCAUUCCCUUCAUCCCCAAGUCCUCUCUUUUCAUCGCUUUAUACGCUUUCACAGCCCGGAGUGAGGAGGAACUGAGUGUAAGUGCAGGGGACAAACUGCGUGUCCUCAGAGAAGAAGGAGAGUAUGUGUUUGCCCGGCGGCUGCUGGGGGAGCCAGCCAUGGGCUAUGUCCCCACUGCUUACGUGGCCAACCUCAGCCAGGGCACCUCUGCUCAUCGACCCUGGUACUUCAGCAAGAUCAGCCGGAAUGAAGCGGAGCAGCUCCUCCUCUCACCUCCCAACCAGCACGGCUCCUUCCUCGUCCGGGACAGCGAGAGCAGCAAGGGUGAAUACUCUCUCUCAGUGCGCAACCACAUGAAGGUCAGUCACUUCCGAAUCUGCAAGAGCCCCGGGGGCAGCCUCUACAUACAGAAGGGACACCCUUUCCCUGACAUGGAGGAGCUUCUCGCCUUCUACGUCGAGCACUGGAAGGUCAUCCAGAGCCCCUUGCUGCAGCCCUGCAGCCCCGCGACACCCCCCGAGAGGGACGGGUGGGAGCGCCCGCGCUGGGAGUUCACCCUGCGGAGGAAGCUGGGCGAGGGAUACUUCGGAGAGGUGUGGGAAGGACUGUGGAGGAACACGGUGCCGGUGGCCAUCAAGAUCAUUAAAGCUGACAUGAAGGCAGAAGACUUCACUAAGGAGAUUCAGAACCUGAAGCGCCUGCGGCAUGAGAAGCUGAUCCAGCUGCACGCUGUCUGCUCGCUGGAUGAGCCCGUGUACAUCAUCACUGAGCUCAUGAGGAAAGGCAACCUCCACAGCUACCUCAACAGUCCUGAAGGGAAGUCCCUGGGCACCUCCCACCUGCUCAACAUCGCCUGCCAAGUGGCGGAUGGGAUGAGGUACCUGGAGGAGAAGCACAUUGUCCACCGGGAUCUGGCGGCCAGAAACAUCCUGGUGGGAGAGGAACUCACCUGCAAAAUCGCUGAUUUUGGACUUGCCCGGCUCCUCAAGGAUGACAUUUAUUCCACCAGCAGCAGCACUAAGAUCCCGGUGAAGUGGACAGCCCCAGAGGCAGCCAACUACCGCACCUACUCCCUCAAAUCCGAUGUCUGGUCCUAUGGGAUUCUGCUCUAUGAAGUCUUCACGUAUGGACAGAUCCCAUAUGAAGGGAUGACCAACCAAGAAACCGUACGGCAAAUCACCAGGGGCUACCGCCUUCCGCGGCCCAGCUCCUGCCCUCCCGAGAUCUACGGCAUCAUGCUGGAAUGCUGGAGCGGCAACACAGAGGAGCGUCCCACCUUCCUGGCCCUGCGGGAGAAGCUGGGCUUCAUCUACAGACGGCUGCUCAGCUCCCUCUCCUGAGGGACCCCUUCUAACCAUCCUUCCUGCACAAAGCUCCUCCAGGCCAGCUCUUGCCAAGAAGCUCCUUCCUUCUGGUUUGCCCUCAAAUAGGGCUCCAAGGAAAGCAUGUCCCCCCCCAAAACCAUGGUCCCUCUCGGUCAGGAUGCAGGGAGGUGGGCCAGGGAAAAGGCAAUGAGUGGUGGAGAACCCAUUGCCAGUGCUUGGCUGUGUAGCAGUCUGGAAUAGCCCAAUGGUAGUUGAAGGCAUCACCCAGAGUUUACAUGGUCAUUCAGGCAGCAGGGUGGGAGGCCCCUGCUGCUCCCCAUGCCAACGUGAAGGUUUGCAGUUUGUGUUCAGUUGUGGCUCUGCUUGAUUUCUCUUGUAGUGUGUGUCUGGUGUGUUCAUCAAUAAAUGUGUGUGCAUCAUCCA